UGCAUGCAUUCCCUCUGCAGAGGCAGCUUUUCUUUCUCUUGGGGUAUAUUUUUUUAUUAUCAGCAAAGACAACCAGGAAGAAAAAAAUGUUGCAUUAAAAUUAGAACGGAGAGUCGACUGCUGAAGCGCUUUAUUUUUUAGAUUUUUUCUGUUGUUGUUUUUAAAGCCUAAUUCACCUUAAAGAAUCUCAAAAUCAGCCUCAAGGGAAAGAUUUGUGAAUUUUGGUAAUGGAAAGCGGUAGCCGCUAGGGCCCAGAGGAUAUGCAGGGAGGCAUUUUCUCUCGCUGGUGCAGCUGAGAGCGAGCGAGAGAGAGCGAGACCUGGAAAUGAAAGUAAAGAGAUCAGGAGGCACAUGGAGGGAGCUGCAGGGGCAGCCGAUCCAGAAGCAGAAUGCUGCCUUCUAUAAUUAAAUAGCACUUACUAUUAUUAUUACUUCUAGUAAUAAUACAUUAAUAAUAUCUCUAGUAAUACAAUACCAUUUAUCAAGGAAAGUUUAUGCAUAGUGUGGGGGGGGAAACCCGAGGAGAGCAACCAUAAUGGAGAGGCAGAAGAGAAAACAAGAAAUAGAGAAAGGACUUCAGUUCAUUCAGUCCACAUUACCCCUAAGCCAAGAAGAUUAUGAGGCCUUUUUGCAGAAGCUGGUGAGAAACUUGUUUGCAGAGGGCAAUGAUUUGUUCCGAGAGAAGGAUUUCAAGCUUUCCCUGGUCCAGUAUGUAGAAGGGCUGAAUGUGGCGGAUUAUGCAGCCUCUGACGAGGUGACCAUCCCAAAGGAACUCCUCUGCAAGCUCCAUGUCAACCGAGCUGCCUGCUACUUUGCCAUGGGGUUGUAUGAGAAGGCGUUGGAAGACAGCGAGAAGGCUUUAAGUCUCGACAAGGAGAACAUCCGAGCGCUAUUCCGGAAGGCCCGUUCCUUAAAUGAACUUGGAAGACACAAAGAAGCGUAUGAGUGCAACAGCCGAUGCUUGCUGUCCCUUCCACAUGAUGAAAGUGUCACACAACUGGGACAGGAGCUUGCCCAGAAGCUGGGACUGAGGGUUCGAAAAGCAUACAAAAGACCUCAGCAGGAAUUGGAAACAUUCUCACUACUCAGUAAUGGCACGUCAAUCAAUUCAUCAAACCAGACUACUUCCAAUGGAUUGGGCUCAAUAGAUGACAUCGAAACAGACUGCUCUAUGGACCUGCAGUGCCUCCCAUCUCCUGUGGCCACCUCCAUCCCUGUGAAUGAGGGGCUGGCCCCUUUGCCUUCUGACUCAGAUGCAAAGGGCUUGCCCACCUCACUUUCUGCUGCCAGCUUGAUCCCAUCUCCAGACUGUGUACCAUUGCCAGUGCCUGAGAAUGCAGAGGACUUCACAGAUGGGGACAUCAUUGGGGAAGAACUAGACUCCCUCCUGGAUUCCCUUGCUGAAGGGUCACCAUACCCUCUAUCUCUCGUCCAGGGCACCAUUCCUACCAACCUGCCAACAGAGAUGCCCCAGUUGAUUCCUGUGUUUCCGGGGGGGACUCCGCUGCUGCCUCCAGUUGUGACAGCCAGUAUCCCUGUCUCUACCCCUCUGCCACCUGCCUCCUUUGGCCUGGUGAUGGAUCCCACCAAGCAGCUCUCCUCCUCCUCAGUCCUGGAUGCCUUUGAGGCCCCACCAGGAGGAAGUGGCAGCUCCACUUUAGAUUCGCUGGAUUCCCUGGAUCUGCUUCCAUACACAGAUACACGGCUUGACGCCCUGGACUCCUUUGGGACAAGCAGGGGGUCGCUGGAUACCUUGGAUUCCUUUGCCAUUGAAGAAGCUAGCUCUCAGGAACUGCGACACCCAUCUGGCAGCCAAAAACCAGCCCCAGUGGUGAGUGAGCUACUGCCCUGUGCUGAUGUCCCAAGAUGCUCUGAAGCCAAGGUCAGCCUUGGUGGAGCGAGUCACCCAGCUGUGCCCAAGGCCACCGAGCACCUGCUGUCCCAGCCAGAACCAGUAAUGCCCAACACGGCUCUGCUGGUGAAGAACCCCCUGGCGUCUACUCAUGUUUUCAAACAAGCCUGUCAUAUCUGCUACCCCAAAACAGGGCCCAAAGCUGGUGAUUACACCUAUCGGGAAGGGUUAGAGCACAAGUGCAAGCGGGACAUCCUGCUGGGCAGGCUGAAGAACUCAGAAGACAAGACCUGGAAGAGGAUCCGUCCUCGCCCAACCAAAACCAAUUUUGUAGGAUCCUAUUAUCUGUGCAAAGAUAUGCUUAACAAGCAGGACUGUAAGUACGGGGAUAACUGCACCUUCGCGUACCACCAGGAAGAGAUCGACGUGUGGACAGAGGAGAGGAAGGGGACCCUCAAUCGUGACCUCCUCUUUGACCCGCUAGGUGGGAUCAAGCAGAGCAGCCUCACAAUUGCCAAGCUCCUCAAGGAACACCAGGGCAUCUUCACCUUCCUCUGUGAGAUUUGCUUUGACAGCAAACCCCGGAUUAUCAGCAAAGGGACCAAGGACACACCAUCUGUCUGCUCCAACCUUUCUGCAAAACACAUUUUCCAUGAUAACAAGUGUCUGGUCCACAUUGUGCGUUCCACCUCCCUGAAAUAUUCCAAGAUCCGUCAGUUCCAGGAGCACUUCCAGUUUGACGUGUGCCGACAUGAGGUGCGUUAUGGCUGCCUGCGUGAGGACAGCUGCCACUUUGCUCACAGUUUCAUUGAGCUCAAGGUCUGGCUGCUGCAGCAAUAUUCAGGAAUGACCCAUGAAGAUAUCGUGCAGGAGUCCAAGAAGUACUGGCAGCAGGUGGAGGCACAUGCCAGCAAACCAGCCAACAGCGUGGCUUCUCCCCGGAAUCCCACGUCAAGCACCUUUGACCUCCAGAUGAAAUUUGUGUGUGGCCAGUGCUGGAGGAACGGGCAGCUGGUGGAGCCAGAUAAAGACCUCAAAUACUGUAGUGCCAAAGCCCCCCACUGCUGGACGAAGGAACGCCGUGUCCUGCUGGUGAUGUCCAAAGCUAAGAAGAAGUGGGUGUCAGUCCGACCACUGCCUUCCAUCCGUAACUUCCCUCAGCAAUAUGAUUUGUGUAUCCAUGCACAGAAUGGCAGGAAAUGCCAGUAUGUGGGUAACUGCUCCUUUGCCCACAGCCCUGAGGAGAGAGACAUGUGGACCUUCAUGAAGGAAAAUAAAAUACUAGAUAUGCAGCAGACCUAUGACAUGUGGCUAAAGAAACACAAUCCUGGGAAGCCUGGAGAGGGAACACCACUCACCUCACGAGAAGGGGAGAAACAGAUCCAGAUGCCCACUGACUAUGCGGACAUCAUGAUGGGCUACCACUGCUGGCUCUGUGGGAAAAACAGCAACAGCAAGAAGCAAUGGCAGCAGCACAUCCAGUCAGAGAAGCACAAGGAGAAGGUCUUCACCUCAGACAGUGACUCCAGCUGCUGGAGCUACCGCUUCCCCAUGGGCGAAUUCCGGCUCUGCGAGAGGUUCCAGAAGAACAAGGCCUGUCCUGAGGGAGAGGAGUGUCGCUAUGCCCAUGGGCAGGACGAGCUGACGGAGUGGCUAGACCGGAGGGAAGUGCUGAAACAGAAACUGGCCAAAGCUCGCAAGGACAUGCUGCUCUGCCCCAGGGAUGACGACUUCGGGAAAUACAACUUCCUAUUGCGGGAUGACGUAUAAUAUGAGCUGGGGGGAGUCUGUCAGCUGCAGAAACACGGGGUGGGUUUUCCAAGUGGCAGUAGCAGGGAGAGCGAGAUCUGUGUCUCGCAAAGAGAAUUUUUUCUUUUCUUUUAAGAUUAUGAGACAAUGAUUUAUUUAUCAAAUUUGUGAAUUUGAUUCUCGUUGGCCAGCGACGCCACACUCACUGAGUUUAUAAUCCAUCUUUUCUCUCUUCUUUCCCCUAAAUUCUCCUUCCACUUCAUCUUUUUGUUUUCACUCUCUUUCAUUCAAAGGAAUUAAUUCAGUCUGGAUUGGGCUGCAAAUCAGAGAAUUUCUCCUUGUAUCAUUCUUCAGUCUUUCAAUUCAGAGUAUGACUGCAGAGGUCUGGAGAACAAAGCUGAGAGAGAGGGACAGCUGCGUGGUAUAAGGAGUGCAAGGUAAAAGCAGUAAAGUAAUGAAACUGCUUGCAGCAGCGGGAACUGGGUUGUAGGUGACUUCAAACUUCAGCUGACUGAAACAAGUUGGUGAGAAAGCAAGUUGGUGACUUCUCAUUAGAUGUCUUUUUCAGUGUGUGGCAAGUCUUCAGGGCAAAUAGUCUGGGUUUGGUUUUUUUGGCUGGUGUGACUGGUGCAAGUAAAACAGAACCCAUCUAGGAAGUGUAGUGGAGUCUGUGACAUACUGUGUGUCACUGAAGUCCACACAGCAGUAUCACUCAGGAGGGAGGUGGUCACCAAAAGGAACCUGUGUUUCUGUUGCUGUGUGUCCUGAAGAGAGGGAGGGAGGGAGGGAGGUAAUGGUGUUCUUUCUUGCUCUUUAAAUGGCAUGUGUUUCUGGUUACUUAGAGCUGCAUUUUUCCCUGCACUGCCAGAAGAACUGGGUGGGGACCCAUUUAAAAGGACACCAUUGCGCAGCACGGGCAAUGUUAAGCUAAUGGGACUCCAGCUGGAAGUGCUUACCAGUACCAGAGAUCCAGCCCCCUCCUCCUCAGAGCCAGAGCAGGGAGCUUGCGGAUGCACAGUGCAACCAGGAUGUGACCCAGAGCAGGGACACAGUGCUGGAGAAUGAGUGUUACCGCAGGACCCAGCCAUGGCCUGCUCUUGUGCUGCCUGAUGUGUGCUUUGAUGAGGUAACCACUAAUGCUGAAUGCUGGGACAGAAGUUUUGCUUUUUUAAGUAGCAGCAGUGAGAAGCGGUACUGCUCUGCAUGCCAGCCUUGUCCUCUCUGGCAGUCUCAGCUGUAAGCAGUAAAUGUGUCCCUUGUCCCUCUCCUUCUCCCUUCUGCAAUCCAGCACUGCUCUGCAGUUUUGCAUGCAUGGAUGGCACCAUCCAGUCAAACACAAACACAUCUCCCUCCCAGCCUUUGUCAGGGUUGUCUUUUUCAUAGAGAUUCUCCUGGGACAGCAGUCUCGGAGCUCUUGGGGCUGGUAGGGCUGUAUCCAUGGUAAAUACAAUCUGGCCGUGAACCUCUUGGUGUUUUGACAUUGCUGUGUCCUCCCAUUCCUCUCUGCUCCCAUGUCCUUGGGGUUCAGAGCUUCGGGAGAGAUGGGAUGUGGAAAUCAGGAGAUGUGGAGACAGUGUGGAGCAGCUGUCAUCUUUGUAAACCAGCCUUCAGGAGGGUGCUUCAGCUUCACUGGGAUAGUUAGGGUCCAAUUAUGGAGCAGAGUGCUGGAAUCUUUACAGAGACAUGGCAUGCUCUAAGUAAACAGAAUGCACUUCUGCCCUUAGAAUCAUUAAGUUGAAAAAGACCUUGAAGAUCAAGUCCAGUUGUUAACCUGGCACUGCCAAGUCCCAGACUAAACAAUGUCCCAAAGUGCCACAUCUACAUGUAUUUUUAAAUACCUCUGGGGAUGGGGACAUAGCCUCUUUCCUGGGCUUAACCACUUUUCUGCUGUGAUUUUUUCCUCUCCCUUAAAAUAUGGAUGUAGUCUCUGGUUUGCUAUGAGCAAUAUCAGACAUGACAGUUUUUGAGUGGUCAGAUGCUGUAUUUUCUCCUUGUUCUUUGUGGUAGCUAUGGUACCUUCUCCUGGUCAUCCUUGUGCUCAAGUGGUCAAGUUUAGAGAUGGGAGGAGACAGGCAUCAGCUCCUUGGUCUGCUCUUCUUGGGCAGAAAUGUCAAGGAAAGGAAUCUGGAUUGGGGGACACUGGAAUGUGUUUUUUAUUUUUAAAACAAACCUGCAUCUCUAGUGUGACUCUAGCGUUCGCUGAGCCGUGAUUUCUCAUGUAACCUAAACAAGUUACAGAGUGGGUCACUGUCCCCUCUCCCUGUCUCUGCAAUGAGAGCUGAGCUGCUCAGUGGGGCUUCAGAGGUUUGGGCUGAGACUGAGAUGGGAGAGAGUGAGGUGAGGUGAUGUAGGCCCACGGUCAUGGGGGUUGCAUCAAGCGUCUCUUUGUUUUCCCUGAUAUGAUAACCUGGUCUGUGGUGUUGCAGUACUUUGUCACCAGACUUGUUUUAGUGUGUAUAUAUGUGACCCUUCCCAUGAAGCAUAUAUACACAGGUAUUAAAUAUAUCGCUCUAUAUAAUAUUAUAUGUGUGUGGUAUCAAAGGAAUCUUUUAAAUGAGGGUAAAGGAAAAGGACUCAGGCCAGGAAACGCAGCAUCUCCAGUUUAAUUAUGAAGCCUUUUAUUUGGGAUAGGGAAAGGGAACUAACAAAAGAGGGGAGGGUUUUAUAUAGAUAGGUAUAAACUUUGAGAUGGGACAGGUUUCCCUGUUCACAUUUUUGAAACCCUUUAGGAUUGUCCUUGCAGUCCCAUCUCAGUGAGAGAGUAUUAUACUGCUAACUAGUGAGUAAAGUUUUAACAUAAGGCUUUGCUUAUAUUAUUUAAAGGGACAUUGUGAAAGGCAGGAAGUUUCCCAGGCUUGCUUUAUCAAGCCAAGAGGGUUUUCUUCAGCACAUAAUGUGCUCUCAGCAGAAAUGCUCAGUGCUCGCAGCUCUACAGCAGAUAAACCACAAGUUGUAGGGGCUGCUUUAGUGGUGUGUUCACAAGACCCUGUGAUAACUCUCCCUUCUUUAUUUGUGUGAAAGAAGAAUAUUCUGCAGCACAGAAUCAAAUUUGAGGGUUCUUAACAAAGGAAGUGUUAAUGUUUUAAUUUUAUAACAUUAGAAAAAAAUCUCAUAUCCUGUAAAAUAACCACAGACAUUCACACACAGCAGAAACUUAUUAAAUGCUGAAGGACUUAGUGAAAAUCUUUUCCCAAAUUCUUUGGUAGGGGCAGGGAUUUAGGUUACACUGGCAUUGGAGUUAACCAGGCCUUUACAGGGAGAAGUAAAAAAACCAAAAAAAACCAAACCAACAACCAACAAAAAAUACCCUACUUAGCUUGUAUGAAACUGUAUGUUAAAAAUUGAUGGGUUUUAGCAAGUGAAAGGAAAAGAUAGCAAGGGGAUGCUGCAGUUCUGAACUGGGUAGUAAUGAUUUUGAGUCCUUUAAUAUGUCUUAUAUUAAUAUAAUUUAAGAAUACCACGCUUUACUAUUAAAAAAGAACUUAGUAUCUUUCAUAAGGUCUAGUAUCAGGAUAAAUAUGUAGAUGUUUUAACAAAAUUUUUGUUUCUGUUCUUAAAUAAAGAAAGAAAAACCAAAAUUGCUUCUUUUAGCCUUUGUAAUAGAAAAUAAAAGUGUGCACUUUAAACCCUC